GGAAAAGGCGAGGGCGAAAUGGAGGGCCCCAGGGGAGGCGCGCAGCGGGCGGCCAAGCCGAAGCAAGACCGUGAGAAGUUCACUGGCAUUCCCAUCGAGUGAGAGCGGCUGUGCAUUCAUCAUGCAGAAAUGACGGAUCUGCAUACAUUCAUGGCGUGGUGUGUAUGUGAUGGCUGUGACGUCAGGAACCGUCAGGUGUCCGGCGAGGCCUUUCAGAGGGACGUAGAGGCUCAGGGGAUGCAGUUCGUGUCGCUCGAAAAGCUCCACAAGAUGGUGAGUGAGAACACCACACCACCGGGCAUAUAGCUGCUGCAGCAAUGCCAAUGUAUGGCGCCAUCCGUGUCUGUGUGUCUGUGUGUUUGCACUGCACUGGUCCAUGCAGAAGAGCAGAGAUGUGGCGGACAAGAUGGCCGACUGGCUGAUCAUAGGGGUCUUCUACUUCAGGGGCGCCAUCAAAACCACUGGCGGAGGUGAGCGGCACCCAUGUGUCUGUCGUCUUGCGGCACACCUCUCCCUCCACUUGUGCUGCGCCCAUCUUCAGGGUCCAAGAUGCUGCAUUGGAAGCUGACGGACCUGCGGUAUUGACACCACACAGAACACACACCUAUCUUCCUGCUACACACGCUGGUCUGGUCUGUCUGGCCCCGUCCUGUUUGUUGUAUGCAGCGGCCACUGCGCCACGGUGCUCAUGUUUGACGACGCAUAUCGGCGCCUGUAAGACAAGACACGCCUCUCGAGAAGCCGACACCAGAUUUGCAGAAGAGCCAUCUGUAUGUGUAUGUGUUUGUUGGCAGGGAGUCAGCCAGGCCAGGCGGCAUCUGGGCGUUCCUCAAUCCAGACAUCAUGCCGCGACGUGAAUCGGUCGGUAUGCAAACAGAGGGAGGGUCCAGUCCACGGCUACAUUGUGUCUGUCAUGUCCCUCUGUGUUGUGUGUGGACCGGACCGGUCAUUCAUGUUUGUUUUAUACAUAGGACGGGCGUGCUCCCGACACGCUCUGUGGCGGAAGCAUCUCUGCGGAUGUGCCGAGUCUCAAGGUCAACAAUGCUAGGUUUGUUCUCAAGGUGAGGCAACUCCCUCACACACACACGCAUCUGGCUGCCUUGGAGAAUGCUCUCUCUUGUGUGUGGAGGGGACGUAUGCAGUUGGGCGACGCGAGCACGUUGGCGUUUUGCGGCGGCCUCAUUGGCCAGGGCAAGAAGCGAUGCAACAAACCCAUCGACAGGUAAGCGCAUCUCUGCAGCUGAUGCGUCCAACCGACCAGAUGCUCUUCCGUCAACACGUCCCUUUGUGUGUGUGUGUGUGGUGGUCAGUGUGUUGAAUGGCUCCAUGUGUCCCGACCACGCGUACCAGCGGAUCAUCCUCCAGACCAUGCAGUAUCACCACAGCAAGGACAUGCCCAUCAGAGCACCGCCGAAAGGUGGGUGACCGAGACACUAGUUACCGACAAAGACCCUCACUCUCUUCCCCUCCGUGCAUCCAUUCAGCUGCCGAGCAAGUCGCCGCCCGCCCGCAGGACAAUCUCAAUGAUGAUGACGACGACGACAUUGAGAUUGAGCUCGAGGACUCAGAUGACGACGACCCAGUACACCGACCCCAGAAGAAGGGCCAGAACCCCCCCUCCAAGCAGCCGCCUCCCAGGAUGCCCGUCGUCCAGGCCAACAAGGGCCCGUCGGCCGCCAUCGCUGCCAAGAAGGGCAGUGAGGGAGGGGUGGGGGGUAGGUUGGAUAUCCGUAGCCUGCUGCAGCGCCUGCUGGAUUGUUCCAAGGACGGCAAGAAGUCCGAUUCGCUGGUGGUCGGGCCGGUGUUGAAGCAGCUGCACGCUAGCGGGAUCGCACGGGAGGCCGACCUGCGGGCCGUCGGGGACAAGCAGCUCCUCGAGGCCACACGGCAGCUGGCAGAACACCCCAACCCGGUAGGUAAACACAACACCAUACACACAACUUGACGCAAGCCAGGCAAUCGCCCUGUCGUGUCGUUGAUUGAUGCCUUCAUUCAGGUGAGUGUCGGUUCGUUGGCCAAGAAGCUCAACGAGGAGUGGCGGUGGGUCCUCAACAGCAGGGUCGGCCCGACAGCCCCCGGCCGCCAACCCAGGCGCCGGGCGCCUGAUGAGCCACUGCCAGCCCCACCUCCCAGGCCCGCAGCGGCCUCUGAGGCAGACAACAAGGGCAACAGCAGGCGCAAGCGGGGCAAGGAGGAACAGGAGCAGCCGAAGCCGGCGGCGCAGCAGGCGGAUCAAGACGAUGAUGAAGACGACGCCAACUGGCUGUUUGCGAAGUUGCUGGCUGAGAAGGAGGGCCGCCGGCCGCCACCGCGGCCCAAGAAACCGCCCCCUGUGGAAGACAAGAAGCCCCCUGCGCCGAGGAAGAGGGCCAAGAAGGACAAGGCCACCAAUGCCGCCAAGCCCGACGUCCAGGCACGGAUGGAUCAAGGAAGGGCGCACACAUGUUCUACUCAUCGAACGUUGCGUUUGUUGCGUGACGUGCAGGGUGGGUCGUCCAGCGCUGCUGGUAUUGCCGGUGGUGGUGUUGAUAGGAAGAAGGUGACUCGUGAGGAGCUGGAGGCCAUGAUAGCCAAGGCCCUGGAGCAGAAGUCGGUGUUCGACCAAUGCGACAUCGCUGCCGCAGCCAACGACCAACACAUGGUAGGUACUGUGACCACACAUGCUGGCGGGGCGGGAAUCAGCAAGUGGUGCAUUGGUCACUGUACUGUGGGCCUUUGUUGUCACCUUCUUGCUUGCGCUCAGGACGAGUUCUGAUGAUCUACUUGAUGUGACGGAUGGUAUGCCUGCCCGUCCGUCCGUGUCGAUGUAGUAUGUCACUCUUCCAUGCCAUGUGGGCGUAUGUGGGCGAAGGACGGGCCGUUGGACUCGACGGCAGAUGCAUACAAAUGGCUUUGAGAUGACAAUGAUUCAACGUGAUUCCGUGACCCCAUAUGCAGUGGCCAGCCUUUUUUCAGCUGCAACGGGC